ACUUCUGUAAGGCUGGCAUUGGAGGCCCUGGGAAUUCUAUUCUCACCGCUUUCUGGGUAAUUCAAAGCCACAAAAGUACUGACUGAAGUGAAGUUGUGGGGACAUAUAUGCAACCUUGAAAUGCAUUAAAGAAUGGAUAUAAAGUGAGGAAAAGAAAAAAACUGGUGUAAACCACUAUGGAGAGAAGGGCAGGAAGGCAACAAAGAGCUAGAAUAAGGUGCGUAGACAAGAAAAUUACUUUGGGAGUUGGAGAGACUUGAUGAAAAAGAUCUAGCUGAGAGUGUAGAAAACCAUGAUUUUCUAGGAGUGAAAGGGAACAAUCAAUGAAAGAGAAUCCUGAGGGAGGUUAGAAGAGUGUGAUAAUUCAUCUUGAGCAACAGGAAGGACAGUGUGUUGGGAAGUAAGAAGAGUGCAGCUAUAAAUAAAAUUAUGCAUGUUAGGAAAGGACAAUAGAUGAAGUUGAUUUCUUCUCACCUAAUAAUCUCAAUUUACUCUUUGAGCUGAGGGCUAAAACAAAUAGUCUUCUGAGAAAAGUGGUGGAUGGGGAGCAGGAGAGAGAGGAAGAAGCUUUAGCAGAAUAGUAAAGGGGCUGAUUAGCCACCAUGGGAAUAGGAGAAGAUACUAAUCAGGUUCAUGCAAAAAGAGGGUAGAGGAAAAUAAUCUUAGACUGGAGAUUAUUAAUUUCCACUUGUGCCAUUUCAAAUACACACUAGUAUUUUAACAGGAUAAUUGAGCCAUUUGGAUAGUAAGAAAGAAAAUGUGCUGUGGACUUAACCUGGGAUUAGGGCCUUGCCAGGCUGGUGCAGCAGGAGAAUAGGGAACAAAGGAGUUCUGUAUUCUUGUGUAAGAGUGGAUAAUUUGGCCAACUAUUUAAUCUGGGUUAGACACAGGAGGAAAUAAGAUGAGGGAGGGUGCUAUGUGAGACUAGGAGAAAUGGAAGCAUUAGAUAUUGAAUUUUUCUGGAAAUGUAUGGUGCAAGUUAGUAUAGUGCAAUUUGUAGUGAAGCUCAGUCAUUAUGUUAGAGAAAGAAAACCAUUUGAAGAGUUAGGAAUUGAUGAGGGUUGGCAGAUAGUACAAAAUUGAAAAAUACUGGAAUAAGAAAUAGGUUAAUGGAUGCAGAUUAUCAGCAGAAGUGAAUGCUGUUAGUUGCUGCAUAUGAAGUUGCUUUGGAAAAGUGCAAAACUGCUAUAACUUUUUUAUAACAUUUCAUGUUUCAUAAAUGAAAUCAUCUUUGACUCCUCAAGCAGUCUUCAAAAUUGCUCAAUUCCAUAUCUGACUUUUACUUUAAGUUCUAAUCUAACAGGGUGUCCAACUAUUCCCUUUGCUUUGGACUGUCACAGGUUUAGCACUGAAAAUACUAUGUCCCAAAAAACCCUCAGUCACAGGCAAACCUCAACUGUUGGUCUUCCUACAUACUCCCAAAGUGAUUUGGAUUCCCUGUGUCCCAUUUCUUCAAUUCAUCUUCCACAUGGUUGCCACCGUGACCUUUCUAUUUUUUAUUUAUUCAUUUUUAAAGUAUUAUUUGUUUUUGAGACAGGGUCUUGCUCUGUCACCCAGGCUGGAGUGUAGUGGUGCAAUCUCAACUCACUGCAACAUCUGCCUCCCCGGCUCAAGUGAUCCUCCCACCUCAGCCUCCUGAGUGGCUGGGACCACAUAGGCACGCCACCGCACCCAGCUAAUUUUUAUAUUUUUUUGUAGAGAUGAGGUUUCACCAUGUUACCGAGGCUGGUCUCAAACACCUGAGUUCAAGCGAUCCACCCACCUGGGCAUCCCAAUGUGCUGGGUUUACAGGUGUGAGCCACCGCACCUGGCCAGCAGCCUGAUCUUUCUAAAACACAAGUAUGGUGAUAUUGCAUCUCUUUACAGAAUCCUUUGAUGAUUCAUCAUGAAGUGCAUUAAAAAUCUUUCAUGACCCGGUCCCAUCUACCUUUAUAGUCUCUUUUCCCUUUCACUAGCUUCCUUCAAUCAUACCUCCCAUUUCACCCUCCUCACCAUGUUAACCUAUUCACCAGGUGGGAUAGAAUUGUUAUUUUUCCUUUCGAUAUAUCAUUUAUUUUUUUACUUUGGGACCCUUGGAUGUUAUUUAUCCGUCCCUGGAAACCUUUCCCAUCUUUUCUUCUCCAAAAUCCUGCCCAUUCCCAAAACUGCUUAUUAAAAAAUUGACUUCCAAUCUUUCUGUUCUAUGCAGGCUUUAUUUCCGCUUCCACAGAAAUGUCUUUGUUACCUCUUUCAUGAAAUGUUUCUGAAAUCCCUUAUGGUUAGUUACUUACGGCUAUCCCACGUGACUGUAAACUUAUUGAAGGCAACAACCAUGGAUUAUUUUUCUCUGGAAUUUCCCAUUCCACUCCAUCAUCCUUUGCAAUUAGCAUAUAGGACACCCACAUAGCAGAAUGUCUACUUGGAUGAAAUCACAAACUCUUAAGAUUCAGAUGAAUUAUACUAAUAAUAACCAGUAGAAACGGUCAUGCUUAUGGAGAAUUUUUGAAGAGAUCAACUUGACCUCAGCUUUUAAAGGUUGCUAGGAUUUAAAGAGAACAAUGGAUAAUUCAGACAAAGUGAGGUUAACUUUAAGUUUAUCUCUUCCCCCGCCACCCUCUUUAUUUUUCUCUCCAUCAGCGGCAGAAAAUGGGGACAGGAGUGGAGAGAAAAAUAAAGAUGGUGGUGAGGGAAGAGAUAAAGUUAAAGUUUACCUCACAUUUCCUGAAUUAUCCAUUGUUCUAUUUAAAUCCUAUAUAUUAUCUUUAGCAGCUAAAAUAGUACUGGUAUCUCUCCUAAUUAAUUCACAGGAAUGAUGCUGUGCCAACAUGAGGGAUUCUCAUCACCUGUGCCAUUCACUUCAAUUGUUGCUAUUCAAUGAUUGUGAUGUUAGAGAUUUUUAAAUGUUACCCCUAUGGGGGCCAUAGGCUCUUGGCCCUCUCAAGGUUUGCUACAAAAUCACUGGCAUGAGGCAGAUUGAUUAAUAUGAGAUAAGGAAUACAAAUUUAUUUAAAGUAUAUACACAUGAGCCUUCAGAAUGAAGACUCAAUUUCCCAAUAGGUAAGAAAAGCUUAUAUACCAUUUUGAAAUUACAGAAUAAAUGUGAACUCAGAGUAUGUUCAAAAACAGUUUUGGGUGGCAAGGCAAGUUAUUGGAGGAAGGAAGUAAGAGGCUUGGUAACAAAGUUGGCCUCGUUAUAGAUGAAACCUCUGUCAGAGAGAACAGAUGGUAAAUGUUUCUUUUCUAACUUUUAAAGAUGUCAGGCUCAAUCUCUCCUGGAUCUGAGAAAAGCAACGGGGAGGCAUGGCUACAUUAAUGGAGAUUCUUUGCAAAUGCAAAUUUUCCCUACCUCAGUCUGUGAGCCCUGAGGCAAUCAUUUCAAAAUAUUUUAAAGAAAUAUAUUUUAGGGUAAAAUAUUUUUAUUUCCUUCACCUUUAAAAGACAGGAAGUUUCUCAGGGACACAGAUCAUUGUGGAUAAUUCUAUAUUCUCCGUAGUACCUAACAAAUAGCUCAUAGGAUGGGGCUUAUUGAAUAUAUGCUGAUUGAGUGUGGGCUUUAAAGCAGCCAAAGUCCUCAAAAAGCCAUGGAAAAGUAAAUAGAGUUAUUUCCCUUUAUGUUUUCUUUUCAAAUGUAGAGAGCUUUAGUGAUUAUAGACGCAGCCUCCUCACUCCCAUUUCAGGUCCCACGUGUAGGUGGAUAACAAGUCAUUUUCUGAUUUCCUUCACAGAAUGACAACCAACAAAAAUAAAAGGUUGAGAUAACUUUGAAAGCAAAUCAUGAAACCGUCCUUUUCCUGAGGUCCAGAAAAUAGUAUUGAUGGUACCCUGAGACCUUGGACUGUGCUAGUUUCUACCCAUAGGAUAUGUCUGACCACCUGUGAUUUCUAAAUUGAUUUCUUUUUUCUCAGGCCUCUACAGGUAUUGCUUUUCUGAGGUGAAAAGGAUAGGUGCAGGGAAUAUUGAUAGGAGAAGCCCAAGUCAGAAGACAACAUUUUAGGGAAAUAGUCGGCAUCAGAAAUGUACUAGUUGAUAUAUCAAGGUUUUUAAUUUAUGCUUAAUACUUCUAAACAGAAACUUUGAACUAUUGUGUAAGCAGUUCAGUUCAAUUAUACUUUUUAUAUGUUCUUUGAAUGCUUACUAGGCUAGGUCCUGGCUAUAUGGUGAUGAACAAAGGAGAUCUUUUUGUGGCACUGAUGGACUUAACAGCACAGUGAGGGUAAUAAGCAAUAAACAAAUUAAAAAAAAACCCAAAUUACAAAUGUUGAUGCUACAAAGAGAAAGAACAGAUAGUGUGAGAGUGUGUAAUGAUGUAUAGGAUUACCUAGAUGGAGUGAGUGGUUAAGGUCUCUGAGACCCACAGAUUGAGAUUAAAAGGAACCAGACAUGUGAAUUUUGUGACGUCAGCACAACUUAUUUAACCUCUUUGAGCCUCAAUUUUCUCAUCUGCAAUGUGGAAAUAAUCAUAGGACUCCUGUGAGGAUGGAUGAGAUAAUGAAUAAAGUGUUUAGCCUGUAAAUAAAAGGCAGCCCUAAAUAAGUGGUAGUCAUACUUAAUGUUAAUGUUAGACAUGGUAUGGAGAAUGAACUUUAGGGGAAGGACUGGAAUGCAAACAGUUUAGUAAGGGAGCUGUUGCAAUAGCCAAUAGGGUUGAUGACAGCAGCCUGGAUUAGGAUGGUGACAGUAGAGGUGGAGAUAGAUUAGAGAGGAUUGUACAUGGAAGGAAGAAUUACCUGGGUUUUCUGGGUUUUUAUUGUCUACGGGAGGAAAUAUAGUGGCAAAGGUCAGAAUUACUCCCUAAUUUCCAGCUUGAGUGUCUGGGAGGGGAGUCAGGGCACUGACUGAAAAGGGAAGAACGGACUCAGGAAUGAAUCACCAAUCCCACAUCCCUAUGAGACAGGAACCAAGAAUAUGUCCAGAUUGGAGGGGAGAGAAUUUGGCAACACAAAGGGAGCAAACUGCCCACAAAUAGGCAACAAUAGAGCCAGAUUCGUAGAUAGAGAGAGGAAGAGAAAGACACACACACACACACACACACAGAGAGAGAGAGAGAGGGAUGGAGUGAGGGAACAGAGAGAAGGAGUAUACUCUGAUUUUAGUUUAGUCCUUCCAUUCAGGAUUUUCUUGUUAGUGGCUUCAUAGCUUCUCCUUUUUUACAUUUCAGAAAUGACACAAUUGUCCAUAGCAAGCUAAGUGUUCCCUCUAAGAGAGUCUAUGUUUCUGCUCAACCCCAAAUAAAUACCUUCUGCCUCUCCUCAUCAUGGGGAUUUUACAUCUAAAGGUCACUAAGAAGAUUUGGGGGAAAAAAAAGCCCUUCUUACCUUCCCUUCAGUCUGAAGCAACAAAGAGGUUUUUGGAAACAAGCCAUGCAAAUCUCUAAGCUCACAAUGAACUGUGAAUUGCAGAAGCAUAAGAACCCACAUUAAAAAAAAAAAAAAAAAAAAAAAGGUGUGAACUUGACCUCUAGCUUGCUGUUCUGGCAUAAUUGGGCUCUGUUAUUUAACAGGGAGGUGUGAACAGAACAUGCCCCUUUUGUAAGUGAAACUUUCUGCACCAGUGAAGCUGAAACAAAUAGCCAUUUCUUUUAAGUGCAAAAGUGGAAGUGUGACUGCAGGAGAGUAGGGUUAUGAACAAUUCUUAGUUCUUGAAAUUGUAAUGCACGGAUGAAUCUUUCUUUGCUCUCUCACUGCCUGUGUGUGGACAAUAGUUGAUAGUAGAAGCAGGUGCCAACACUAAAGUCAAAGUAGGUGGUAGGGUGGGAACAGUGUGGCAUAAGUAGGGACAGGUGUUUAGUUCUAUUCUGACUGUCCAUCUAGAGGAAUUCUAGUGUUAUAUAAGUUCCUACUAUGGGAUUAGAAUGGUUCUGCCACAAUGUGCUCUUCACAUGUCACAGUGAAAUCGAAAUAAUGUCUUUUGUAGCAACAUGGAUGGACCUGGAGGCCAUUAUUCUAAGUGAAGUAACACAAGAGUAGAAAACCAAAAACCAGGUAUUCUCACUUAUAAGUGAGAGUAUGCAAAGGCAUGUGGAGUGAUAGUUAAGACAGCCAAAUUCUACUAAGUAGUCCCUCCUAGUCAGGGAGAGGAAAGAGGCAUAGUGGAAAUACCAUAGGCUUCAGAGCAAGCCAGGAAUGAUAGUAAAUCCUAUCUUUACCAUUUUCUAGCUUUACUACUUAAGGCAAUUUACUGAAUGUCUCUGAAGCUCAGUUUUUUCAUCUAGAUCAUAGGGUGAUAAUAGUUCCUACAUCUUAGGACAGUAGUGAAAAUUAAAUUAAAUAAAUGCACUUGAAAACUUCCAUUACAGAUUUUGGGAUACAUCCUUGAUCGUCACCACAUGAUAAUUAUUUCCUGCCUUUCCAUUUGUGAGAGUCCCUUCCACCCUCCAUUCUAAGUAACACAUACAUAAACAAGAUGAUUGCAUGACUAUUUAAGAAGUAUCACAGAUAAGAGGGAAAAUAGGGAGAUGGAAUAGAACAGAGAGAAAGCAAAAGUUUUAUUUACAGUAACAGCAGCUCAUAACAUCCACACUCUUUUAUCUGUGAAUUCAUCACUUGAGGCUCUGUUUUUGUUAGCACAGCUCUAUCUCCUGGAGCAGGACUCAACAUGACAUAGGAAGCCAUUCUGCUACUUAUGGGGAGAAUCUAAAACCAGCUUGAAAUACAGUUAACAUUCCUGCAAUAUGCACAGAAGGAACCAUAAAUCCAUGGCUAAUCUUGACAAAUAUACUGAAACAUUCAAGAUGGGUAGCAACAGUACCAUCACUGCUGAGAUUUACUGUAAUGUCACUAAUGUGAAAUUUCAAUACUCCCUUUAUGCAACCACCUAUAUCCUCAUAUUCAUUCCUGGUCUUCUGGCUAACAGUGCAGCCUUGUGGGUUCUGUGCCGCUUCAUCAGCGAGAAAAAUAAAGCCAUCAUUUUCAUGAUCAACCUCUCUGUGGCUGACCUUGCUCACGUAUUAUCUUUACCCCUCCGGAUUUACUAUUACAUCAGCCACCACUGGCCUUUCCAGAGAGCUCUUUGCCUGCUCUGCUUCUACCUGAAGUAUCUCAACAUGUAUGCCAGCAUUUGUUUCCUGACGUGCAUCAGUCUUCAACGGUGCUUUUUUCUCCUCAAGCCCUUCAGGGCCAGAGACUGGAAGCGUAGGUACGAUGUGGGCAUCAGUGCUGCCAUCUGGAUCAUUGUGGGGACUGCCUGUUUGCCAUUUCCCAUCCUGAGAAGCACAGACUUAAGCAACAACAAGUCCUGCUUUGCUGAUCUUGGAUACAAGCAAAUGAAUGCAGUUGCAUUGGUCGGGAUGGUUACAGUUGCUGAGCUUGCAGGAUUUGUGAUCCCAGUGAUCAUCAUCGCAUGGUGUACCUGGAAGACUACUAUAUCCUUGAGACAGCCACCAAUGGCUUUCCAAGGGAUCAGUGAGAGGCAGAAAGCACUGCGGAUGGUGUUCAUGUGUACUGCAGUCUUCUUCAUCUGCUUCACUCCCUAUCAUAUUAACUUUAUUCUUUACACCAUGGUAAAGGAAACCAUCAUUAGCAGUUGUCCCAUUGUCCGAAUCGCACUGUAUUUCCACCCUUUUUGCCUGUGCCUUGCAAGUCUCUGCUGCCUUUUGGAUCCAAUUCUUUAUUACUUUAUGGCUUCAGAGUUUCGUGACCAACUAUCCCGCCAAGGCAGUUCUGUGACUCGCUCCCGUCUCAUGAGCAAGGAGAGUGGUUCAUCAAUGAUUAGCUAAAAUUCAGAUAUCCCUUUAAUUAUGACUUUGUUUACCUACGUUCCUUGUCUUUUUCCAAAGGCCAGAAUUGCCAACCAAUUUCUUUAACUGAACCUUGUAAAGAACAGAAAUAAGUAUUUUUUGUGGAAUAUUCACAGUCAACAGGGGUGUGAUGGUGAAGGCAGAGUGUGAAAAACGUGACAGAGGAAGAGAAAAUAGAUUUACCUGAUUCCUCUUUGAAAUUCAAGCCAGUUUCUUAUUUAAGAAACCUAGAUCAAGUUUUUACAGAUCUAAAUAAAAGUUGAAUAGUUUACCUUAAGUUUUGUUCAAUAAGUAAGUUAUUGUUAAUAAUGCACAGUAAAUAUGUGAAUUUUUCCUAGCAUGUAAAAAAAAAUCUUUCAUAUAAAGACCUUAAAUUCUGAGUGAGAGUAAAAAUGUCUAGUCUUUCUAACAGGUAAAUUUUUCUAACAGGCAAGACAGUGUGAAGAACUGAAGCAAUAUGUGCAUAAAUUUCAGGACCACAAGGCUGUUAUUAAAGAAAAGGCAUGAAAUUCAUUCAUUCCCUGAAAA